AUGGACUCACGCAUGUUGCCUCUUCAGGUGGCUGUUGAAGGCGACCCUCAUCACGGCGCCUUUCCUACCUUUGAUUCCGACCAGAUGUUUUCGCCUGCUGGCAGUGCAAAUGCAUCUUUCUAUGACGGCGAUUUUACGGAGGCUAGCAAGUUGAAUCCUGCACCCGAUGGAAAUAAUGGAUACCUGUCUUCACCAGGAAGCCCUCCUCCGCCCCUGGGAAGUCUUCAAAAUGCCCCAAGCUAUCCACUUUUGUCUUCCAAGGAGUCUCAGUACAGCAUGCGUUUGCCUGACGCUACGAGCAACCAGUCCUUAUACGAAAGAAAUGUUUAUCACGAUGACAUGAGUGAGAAUUCGGAACUUGAGCAUGAGAACCCGUACCCGUGGAUGACCAUGGUGGACUUCAAGGAGGCAGACGACCAUUUGCACGAUCCUACGGUGGGUGUAACGCAGAGAUCGCUCAGGCCUUGGCGUGCUUUGUUCAAUGUCGGUACAAUCGUACUCCUGGUGCUAGCAGUUCUCAUGCUCUUUGCAGGCUACCCCAUUUUACAUCAAUACACUGUCGACAAACAGGCAAACGAUCGGGACACCGCUCUUCAUCAGCUUAUGCCUCUGAACUCUCAUUAUCCGCCUGGGUUUCCGGUUGCACGGGCAAAUCAGACGAGUCAAUUCGAUUCUAAACAGCGAAUGUUUAUCGAUCCUGCUACGCCAUCGUCGGCUUACGAGUUGGAGAGCACGUUCUCGAAGAAUAAUGGCAAGAAAUUCAAGCUUGUGUUCUCUGAUGAAUUUAACACCGAUGGGCGUAGCUUUUACCCAGGUGAGGAUCCUUUCUGGGAGGCUGUGGACCUACACUACUGGGGAACUAAUAACUUCGAAUGGUAUGACCCUGCGGCUGCAUACACUCGUGAUGGUUCGCUUCGGCUUCGUCUGGAGCAGCAUCCGGAGCAUAACUUAAACUUCCGCGGUGCUAUGAUCCAGUCUUGGAACAAGUUCUGCUUCCGCAACGGUAUCUUGAUUGCCUCAGUCCAAUUACCAGGUUAUGCGGAUGUGGCUGGUCUAUGGCCUGCCAUAUGGAUGAUGGGGAACUUGGGACGUGCUGGCUUCGGUGCGUCGUUGCAAGGAACAUGGCCUUAUUCCUACGAUCAAUGUGAUAUUGGCACAUUGAUGAACCAGACCCAGUACAAUGAUGAUUAUCCUAAAGGCAAUCCCGCCAAUGCUACUACCCUGGGCGGUGCCACCAUGUUUAACCAGCAGCAUGAGACUCGCUCCAUUUCAUUUUUACCAGGUCAAAAGCUUUCGCGUUGCACCUGCGAAGGCCAAGAUCAUCCUGGCCCUUGGGACAAAGAAGCGAAGGAAUUUGUUGGCCGCGCAGCUCCAGAAAUUGACGUGUUUGAAGCCCAGGUGGCCCAAGUCAAUAACGAUAAAUAUUAUCUACAAGUAUCGCAAUCAUACCAAAUUGCCCCUUACAAUUGGCAGUACAAUAUUACUUACGCGAAUCAGACAAAAUUGUACGACUUCUAUAAGUGGGAUGAUGACUUCAGUCAUAUCAACUUGUACAAUGGCGAGAUCACACAGCAAUCUCUAAGUGGUAUUAACCUGGCCAGUCAGAAAGCUGUGCAACAUGUUGUCAAUGAUACUGACACUGAUCCGAAGAAACAUAACUUUGCCACUUAUUCUGCCGAGUAUAAAGGAGGACCGGAUGGCUAUGUCGCGUGGACCAGUAAUGGUAAGCCGGCGUGGGAAGUGUAUGGCGCAGCCCUUGGGCCCGAUCCGCUAUCUAAGGUCGGACAGCGCCAGUUCCCCAAAGAGCCUAUGUAUAUUCUGCUAAACUUGGGUAUUUCCAAGAACUUUGGUGAUAUAAGUUGGGACAAACUGAUUGGCGGUUUCCCUUUCGAAAUGGCUGUGGACUGGGUGCGUGUGUACCAGGAUCCCGAUGAUGAGGAAGCGGAUACCACCUGUGAUCCUGCCGAUAUGCCUACGGCCGACUACAUUAACCGACAUAUGGAAGCAUACACGAAUGCUAAUCUGACAACUUGGGGUGGUUCUCGAGAACACGGUGGAUACGAGGGUGAUUGGCCGCUAAACAAAAUGUACAUCAAAGGCUGUGAUCCAAGUACUAUAUCUAAAAACCCAGGUGAUCCAAGCUGGUCCUAUACGCCGGCAUCGCCGGUCCCAUCCGCACAGGUCACGAAAAUCGCCGAUAUGGAGUCCGCACCUUAUGGGUGGAUGGAAGGCGUGAAAGGGCGCAAUAUCGACGAUGACCUUCAUGACCCGGCUAAGCCCUUGAAGGGCUCUUUUGAGCCUAUGCGUGCUAUCCUCAAUGUGGGCACCCUCAUUGUCCUGUGUUUAGCCUUGUUGAUGUUGUUUGUGGGCUAUCCUGUGUUGCAUCACUACACGGAGGAUUCCGAUCAAAAUAACCGCAUGGAUCUUUUCGACAAAGUCUUGGGUCGAGGAACUAACUAUCCACCAAGGUUUCCCGUGCAACGCGCGAACUCUUCACAACUUUCCAAUGCUUUUGGUCGCGAUGCUAGUAUGCUUAUCGACCCUGAUACCCCCGCCUCGGCUUACGAGAUGGAAAGUACCUAUUCCAAGUCAAGCGGUAAAAAACUCAAACUCGUGUUUUCUGACGAAUUCAACGUCCCUGGGCGUAGCUUUUAUCCGGGCGAGGACCCUUUUUGGGAGGCUGUGGAUCUGCACUACUGGGCCACAGGAAAUUAUGAGUGGUAUGAUCCUGCGGCAGUUUACACAGCCGAUGGAUCGCUUCGGGUGCGUCUUGAGCAACACCCAGAGCAUAAUUUAAACUUCCGUGGCGGUAUGCUACAGUCUUGGAACAAAUUUUGCUACCGGGGUGGCUUAUUUAUGGCUCGUGUUCAAAUGCCUGGCUUUAGAACUGUGAACGGUCUUUGGCCAGCCAUUUGGACUAUGGGAAACCUUGGUCGUGCUGGCUAUGGUGCUACUACACAGGGUACCUGGCCAUAUUCUUAUGACGUGUGCGAUUUGGGAACUGUGCAAAAUCAGACUUUAUUCACUCCCGAGAAUCCCACUGGAAUUCCCGAAGGCGCAACGACGCUAGGUGGUGCUACAGUGUUUAACAAGCAGCACAACACGCGCUCAAUUUCGUUCCUUCCUGGUCAGAAGCUGUCAAGGUGCACAUGCAAAGGUGAUGAUCACCCUGGCCCCUGGGAUAGCAAGAACAAUCAAUAUGUCGGUCGCUCUGCACCUGAAAUUGAUAUGUUUGAGGAGCAAACAGACCAGAAGAAAGGUAUUGUUGUGUCUCAAUCGUGCCAGAUGGCCCCUUACAACUGGAAAUACAACAUCACACACGAUAACCAAACAGCGGCUUAUCACAUUUUUAAUUACUCUCAGGGGGUGAAUGAUAUUAACCUCUACAACGGCGAGAUUACUCAACAGUCAUUAAGUGGUGUUCAUUUGGGCGACCAACAAGCCGUUCAACAUGUGGCUGAAAGUCAAGAUACAAGUUCACCCACCAAUUUCGCAACUUAUUCUAUGGAGUACCAGGGCGGCCCCGAUGGGUAUGUCGCUUGGACCAGUGGCGGUCAGCCAGCUUGGGAGCUGUAUCCUCAAGCUGUUAUUCCUGACUCUAUUUCUAAAGUGGGUCAGCGCCAAUUUCCCGUGGAGCCCAUGUAUAUUAUCAUUAAUUUGGGUGUUUCGAGAAACUUCGGUGAUAUUGAUUGGGAAAGACUUACGCCUGGCUUUCCCUUCGAGAUGGCUGUCGAUUGGGUGCGAUUGUACCAAGAUCCCGACAAUAUUGAUGUUGGUUGUGAUCCUGAUGAUAUGCCCACGGCAGACUACAUUAAUCGGCAUAUGGAGGCUUACACUAACGCCAAUUUGACUGUCUGGGGAGGUAAGCGCGAGGAUGGCGGCUACGGUGCUGUUUGGCCGCGCAACAGCCUGUACUCAAAAGGUUGCGAUGCAACCCCAAGCACGGACCCAGGUGAUCCCGACUACCCUGCUCCGCUUGCCUCCCCUGUAGCAUCUGCGUCGGUUACAGCUGGGCGUGGUGCUGGAGAUAGCUGGAUUUGGAACUAA